UUCCCGAUUAUUUUCCUGGCUCCUACCCUAUGCCUCUCUACCUUUUAAGCUAUAAAUACACCUACUAAGUAGAAGAGGAAAUCAUCAAAUACUACUAUACACAAAAAAUAACGCAAGUUACUAAGUUUAAUUCCGUCAUGUCUUCCUCGACAGAAUCAAACAUGGCCCUGGCCAAGACCAUAAUAUCGACAGUAGGUUCUAUUGCUGCAACGGCCAUGGUUGUCCGUUCAGUAAUGCAUGAAAUUCUCCCAUCAGAUUUCCAAGAUUAUAUCUCUAUUGGCCUCAGGAAUUUUUUCAACAGAUUCUCAAAUCAUCAAACUAUGGUGAUUGAUGAAUUUGAUGGCCUAGACGUAGACGGAGUUUACGAAGCUGCCCAAAUUUACUUAGGCUCCAAACUCUCCCCAACAAACACUCAUCGCUUCAAAAUUAGCAAACCAGCGAAGGAGAAAAAUUUCAAUGUCAGCAUGGAACGCAAUGAAGAAGUAAUUGACUUUUACAACGGCCAAAAGUACACGUGGGUUUGGGUUUGUGAAGGAUCAUCAUCAAGAAGAUCGAUAUACAAUCCACGUGACAUGAACUCCACCCUAAGAUCCGAGAUUAGAUCUUUUGAACUCACGUUUCAUCGUAAAAACAGGGAAUUUGUCCUAGACACUUAUUUACCCUACAUUAUCGACGAGGCAAAAUUGCUAAAACAUGAAAAAAGGACACUCAAGAUUCACACUGUGGAUCAUGACAUGAUCCAUGAUCUAAGUGAAGUAUGGAUGCCGGUGAAUCUUGAUCAUCCUGCUACGUUUCAGACAUUAGCAAUGGAUGUGGAACAAAAGGAAAGGAUUGUGAAGGAUUUGGACAGGUUUGUGAAGAGGAAAGAGUAUUAUAGGGAAAUUGGGAAAGCGUGGAAAAGAGGGUAUUUGUUGUAUGGUCCACCAGGUACUGGUAAAUCUAGCUUGAUUGCAGCUAUGGCUAAUUACUUGAAUUUUGAUAUAUAUGACUUGGAGUUGACUGAGGUGAAGAAGAAUUCGGAUUUACGCGGCUUGUUGUUGGCUACUGCUAAUAAUUCUAUUUUGGUGGUGGAGGAUAUUGAUUGUUCUGUUGAUUUGCAAGAUAAAUUGGGCAACAGAGAGGCUGCUAAUUCAUCUUCAAAUAAUUCUCGUGAUGAGGAAGAAAGCAAGAUAACAUUGUCUGGAUUACUGAAUUUCAUUGAUGGUUUAUGGUCAAGUUGCGGGGAUCAAAAGAUAAUAAUUUUCACAACAAAUCACAUUGAAAAGCUCGACCCUGCAUUGUUGAGGCCAGGUCGCAUGGACAUGCACAUUCAUAUGGCAUAUUGUACUCCUUGCGGAUUCAAGCUUCUUGCUGCUAAUUAUCUUGGUAUUAAAGAACAUAAACUGUUUGAAGAAACUGAAGAGUUGAUUGGAAAGACGGCGGUGACACCGGCGGAGGUGGCUGAGCAGCUGAUGAAGGAAGAUGAAGUUGAUAUUUCACUUAAUGGCUUGAUUGAAUUUCUUAACAGCAAGAUGAAAGAACAAGAAGAGGCUAAGGCUAAAGUGGAUGACAAUAAGGAGGAAAAGGGUUGAAAGGUUAUGGAUCAACAUUUUAGUUAGUGCAAAUAGGGUGUAUAAAGUUUGAGAUUUUUUUUUUUAUUUUCUAUAAUAAUUUCAGAGAAGUCUAGCAUGUUUGUUAAAGAAACAUAUAUUUCUGUCCUGCAUAAGUUUUAAUCAAAGUCAAUUACAUAUUCUUUUCAUCUCAGAUUGACUAGUUUUGAUUUGAUUGCUUGUCUAUCUCCUCUUGAGGUGA